GUGAGAUGUUCUGUUAAGUGAGUUAAGGCUAAACAACCACCGUAGAAAUGAGUAACCUGGCAUCAAAAGACUCUUACAUUCAGAAGUUGGCCAGUAAGAUUUGUGCUCGGCAAGAUCAUGAACCAAGGAAUUCAAAAUUUGUUCAUUUCAAGGGUGAAGGAGACGGUACUUCCAAGAACAGCAAGCGUAAACAGAAACGCCUAAAUCAAAAAGCAGUCGGUGACAAGAAAGAUGCGCCACAAUCUAAACGGAAGUCUGUGUCCUCUCCUGAUGCAAAGUCUACAUCCUCCCCUGCCGCUACAACACAAACUAACGGAUCCAAAAUAGUUGCCAAUGGGAAAACGGCGACAACACAGUUGCCAAAAGGUGGGGGUGUCACCUCAGGUUUCUCUACAGUAGAUCUUCUUCGCAAGAGACUACAUGAAAAGAUUGAAGAGUCUAAAGGACAGGGAACUCAGGACUCGCUUUCAGAGGCUGUCCAGGCCAAGCGGGCCAAGAGAAAGCUGGAGAGGGAGCGCAAGAAACGCAAGCGAAAGGAGUUCCUGGUGAAGAGGCUGGCGGAGAAGGCGGGCGAGGAGCUGGCCCAGCAGAUCAAAGAUGAGGAGAACUCCCCCGCCGCCGCCGCCCCGGCCCCCGCUCCCCCCGCCGCAAACAAGCGGGACGAGACGGCCAUCCUCUUCAACACGGUGGAGACGGUGGACGAGGUCUACAUGGACAAGAUGACCAAGAAGCGGGUCAAGAAGAAGCGGGUCAAGGGAGAGCUGACGCCGCUGACCGGCCGCAACUACAAGCAGCUGCUGGGGCGCGUGGAGGCGCGCCAGGCCAAGCUGGAGGACCUGCGGGCCACGGACGAGGGCAAGGCCCGCGCCAUGGAGGAGAAGAUGAAGUGGACCAACGUGCUGUACAAGGCCGAGGGCCUGCGGAUCAAGGACGACGAGGGCAUGCUGCGCACCUCGCUGAAGAAGAAGGAGAAGAGCCAGGAGACGAAGCAGCGGCGCUGGGACACGCGCAAGACCAACGUGGACGACAAGAUGCAGCGGCGGCAGGACAAGCGGCGCAGGAACCUCCAGAAACAGAAGAGCGCCAACGUGGAGAAGAAGAAGGACCGGGCCAGGAAGAAGGGCCGAGUGCUCCCCGGGGACCUGAAGAAGGUGUCGUUGAAGUGAACUGACAUUAACUUUGAACUGUCUGACAUGGGUAUGGAAAGGCACCAGAUAUAUUUCGAGAGGCCGUUAAAUGAAUUAAAUGUGUGCCUGUCUGCAAAUCAUUGUUUUACCUCGUUCAAGAAUGGUUGAGUUGGUCAUUUUUUUUUACUUUCUAUCUCCAUGCCUCUUCUAUCCAAAAGUACCUUCUGCUGUAUUGAGUAGAAAAUAAAUGCUAUUUUAACAUUGUC